UCCAUAAUAUCUAAAGAAGAAAAUGCUAUACAUUAUCAACAAUGGAAACGCCUAAUAAGACUGUCAAGGAAAAGACUUGAAGUUGAAAAGAAGCACGAGCAUGGCUUGCAAUUCACUUUCACUAUUCUCACCCAAUUAUUUCAUUCCCAUAUCCACUAAACCACCUGCUAAACAUUUGUUUUCUUCCCACACUUAUCUUCCAUGCAAUUUUAGUCAGUACUACAAUAGCAAGAGAGAAUUUCCACUACCAUCAGUGGCUUCAAUCCCAUACCAACCCAUCAAUGUGGACUACUUGGAGGAAGAAUUCAGUGGACAUGGUGUCACCUUUGAAGGUAUUGGUGAUAACUGUGUUGCCAAGAUGGGACUCGAAAACGGAAGCACAGUCAACUUGAUGCUACCAAGUGGCUUAAUUUCAUCAUACAAAGCUCCCAUGUGGCAUGGAGGCAAGGUGGAGUUGCUGCACACAUCAGUCUCUGAGGAUGAGAAUGGUGGUGCUGUCAUUCAAGGAGGGGUGUCUUUAGCCUUAAAUUGUUCCAGUGAUGGUGAUGACGAAGUUUCUUGGUCUCCAUGUAAUUGGGCUCUUCGUAAUAUAAGAGGCGAUGCUCAAGAAUCCAUUCAGGUAGAACUGAUAGAUAGGGACUCGGAGAACAAAAUUGAAGUAAAAUACAUUGUGACUCUCAAAAAAGAUAUGUUAAGCUCAGAGCUUGUUGUCUCAAACUCCAACUCUUCUUCAUUGCUCCAACUGACGGGGUCCAUUGUAAGCCAUUUGGUAGUGAGCACGCCAGAUGCAACUUAUGCACUCGGAUUAGAAGGAUCGGACUUCUUCAACAGGUCACCAUUAUUAACAAACUUUGCUUUAGUUCCUCCGGAUUUCGGCCAGAAAAAUGAAUUUGGCUUAGGCCAAUUUUUGGGUCAAAUGACACUGAAAGGCCUUUCGUCUGGUUGGGGUGCAAGAAAUCAAAACACUGCUGAUGAUGCAGAAAGCAGCCCAAGAGAAAGUGAAGAAGAAAUGGAGGGUGAAGAAGAUGACAACUACAAGCAUUUAAAAGAACAAAUGAGUCGGAUAUACACCAGUGCGCCUCGGUAUUUCACAAUAAUUGACAGGGUAAUUUUCUUAUAAUAACCAAAUUCUAACGU